AUGGGCAAUAAGAUCUCGACCAAUUCGCGCAAGGGCCGCUUUAGCACCAGUAAAAGUGUCUUGAAGUGGAAAAAACAACACAAACAACCAUCCGCUGAAUCACCACCCACCCCUGUUCCAUCAUGUUCACAAACAACGUCCAUCACAUCAAGUCAAAGCUCCAUGAACGACAGCAUUGUGCGUCAAGGACGCAAAUUUCAUAAUAUCACUGAAUCCAUUUAUUGGUUACCAAAUGACGAUGAGGAGAUGGAUAGGCUUAUCGGACAACACUUUGCACUUAAAGCAUUGUUCGAAGGAAACAUUGCAAAAGAAGCUUUAGAACGAGUCCACCUUGAAGAAGGAGCUAAAAUUUUGGAUGUGGGUUGUGGCCCGGGCACGUGGUUAAUGGAUGUAGCCACUGAGCGACCUGACUGCGAAUUAUUUGGGGUGGAUAUGUGCAAUGUAUUUCCCAGCGACAUUCGACCACCCAACGUACAAUUCAUGCACGGCAAUGUAUUGGAGCGACUACCUUUUGACGAUAAUACGUUUGAUUUCAUCAACAUGCGAUUCUUGAUGCUCGCAUUACGAAAAGACGAGUGGAUAACGGCUCUCAAAGAAAUACUACGCGUGCUCAAACCUGGCGGUUGUUUCCAAAGUCUCGAAUCUGGGAUGAUGGAUCGUGGCAAUGACUUUUGUCUUUGGGUCGGCAAAACUUUCAUUGAUGUCAUGCGUAGUCGGGGACAAGAACCCUAUAUUGCAUUUACACUUGAAUCCAUAAUGAAGGAGGCCGGCUUCAACUUUAUAAAGUCGAUUCAAAGAGAUACGUAUUUAGAUAAGCCCGAUCCUCUGAAUCGUGAAUUCCUUUGGGAUAUACGCAACAUUGUCAAAAGCACACAACCAUUCCUUGCCGGCCCAUUAGGGAUUCCACCUGAUCAAUACUCAAAGUUUUUGGACAAGUUUGAAGCUGAAUGUCAAAAACCGCCAGGAGCCAAAUGGAUGAUUGUCAUUAACGUGGCCCAAAAAGAAGCUUGA